AUGCCGGGGGUUGCCGCGGUACUUCUUGCCGCGGCCUCUCUGGGGCUCGCUCGGGGAGCCGAGCCUGUGUCCGCGGCGAAGAUCUGCAUCGAGAACAGCGGGGCGUUUGUGCUGAGCUUCAAGAUGCAAGACACUGCGCAGUUCCCACCGAUGGGAUCUGGGGCACAAGCGCCCUGGUCCACGGCGGGGGAGCAGUCGUGCCAGGACAUGUCGUCGAUCCCCGACAUCGAGGAGGGGCACACGGUCAUGACGUUCGUGUACCUCCAGUGGGGCACUGCCCCUGUGCUGAGGUUGCCGCCUGUGACAUACAGCCUGGCGUCUGGCAGAUGGGCCGCCGCCAGUUUCACGUGCUCUGGCAAUGACGAAUCUGACGUGGACUGCGAGCUCUCAGGAGGUGCCCGCCGGCUCCAGAACUUGAUUUGA